UACGCAUUUCAUUGAUUAGUGUUGUACUUUCAAUGGGUAAAAAAUAUUACUGUGAUUAUUGUAAGACGCACAUUCAACGGGACCCAAAUAUUGUACGUAAACACAAUGAAGGAAUUCCGCAUCUCCGGAACCGAGCCGAUCAUUAUGAGAGGUGUAAAGAUAUUACUGAAAUAGUUACGGAAAACAUCGGGAAGAAACCAUGUCGGACGGUGCUCAACUCGGAACAGUGCAUUUUUGGUGCACACUGCCGAUUCAGCCACUACACACCGGAACAAUUGAAUCGACUUCAACGAAAAGCACAACGACAACAGCUUCACAGAGCCAAACGCCUAGCAGGAAUUAUUGAGAAGCUGGAAUCCGCCGACGAAAUUACCCAUAAGUUCCUCGAAAAGCGAUCUCAAAAACAAGUCAAAACGUCUAACGAAUGCACCCAGUUUUGGACAUAUACGGAAGAGCAACUAGAACGCACAGAUCUGCCACCAUCGCUGCAGGAAAUCGAUCCAACCCAAAUAGACUCCAGUAGCUUCACGGAGUGGGGGUGAUAUGGAAUGAAAAGGGACAGAGCAGAUUUUCCUAUUAAAAUAUAUGUAGACAUCUAUAUAUUGAUAGAUCCGUUACUAUCUGUUGCAAUCGGUAUACCAUCUCAAAUAUAUUAAAUACGCUUUUGUUCGGAGAGUUCCGUCCUUCUGGAGUAGUACGCUGAAAUGUAGAGUUCCACAAAAUGUUUGCUUUCCGGUCAUCACAACUAGAGAAUGAUAUAUAUUUUAUUGUACGUUAAUACCACAUGCGUUGCUAAUCUUUUUGCAGCGGUGAUAGGAUCGCUUAGUAAGUGCUAAAUACUGCGAUUCUUCUUUUCUAAUAAUUAUUACCUAGUAUAUGCCAUCAGAGUUAAUACCAAUCAGACACUUAUUAGUUUUAAACCAUAAUAUGUGUAAUAAAUAAUAAAAAUGCACUAAUACGUGAUGAGUCUCAUGUCUUUAGUAGUAUGCUAAUUGGGAAGAGUACGCUAAUCCUAAGCAUUCACACUAUUCUCAGUGUCCCCUUUCUAUAGUGGGAGAAGAUUAUUAUACAGCCUGUUAAGGUGUGAUGAUUUACUCGAGAAUAAACAAUAAUUUGAAAUUUAAAAAUACAGUUUUCAUACGUAUUUUCGACAAAAGAACGAUUCGUUCAUUUUGUGAACUGUACGGUAGAAACUGCAUUUUUAACUUUUGUUUUCGAAAACUGUUAAAAUCUUACGUUUAAUACCAUAUGGACGUAACUGCUAUGACUGAUUUCUCCUUUGAACGUUUUGCGAAAUUCGAUACAUCUAGCAUGCCAUAUUAUUGACGAAGAAGUAAUCGUUAACUGCAGUUACGCCCUUAUGAUACUAAAUGCGAGAAUUUCUGAGCUUCAAGUGUUACUAUUUGGGAUCUCA